AUGCCCGCUACAAUUAUCACACACAACACCGGCCAGAUGGCUUCCAACGGGACAGCGCCCCUCGAUCCCCUGGACGCAGCUGACUAUGACCCCAUUGAUCACCUAAACGGUAUCUUCUCACACCCUUCCACCCUCUCCUCCGUCUCCGAUGUAUCCCAACGAUUGCGUGACUACGAAGCCGAGCUAGACACUGAAAUUGGCGCGCUGGUGGAGGACCAGGUCACGUCAAAUGCGGAGAGCGUCGAGCGCAUUCAGACCGCUAAGGCGGAUUUGUCGGAGCUUUUCAAGAAAAUUGACGAUGUCCGCGACCGCGCGUCCAAGACGGAGCACUCCAUCACGGAGAUGACUGCGGAUAUUAAGCAGCUGGACAACGCAAAGAAGAACCUGACACAGUCGAUGACGGCUUUGAAAAGACUGCAGAUGUUGACCACUGCGUACGACCAACUACGUGUCCUCAGCCGCACGCGACAGUAUCGGGACUGCUCUCAGCUGCUCCAGGCAGUGAUUCAAUUGGUCGCGCACUUCAAGUCGUAUCGGUCGAUUGAUCAGAUCGCUCUCCUUAGUCGAAAUGUGGCAGAUAUACAACGGGAUUUGCUGGAACAGAUCUGUGAGGAUUUCGAGCUGGCAUUUGCUAAGGGCGAAGUAGUCGCGAGGAGGGUGGCGCUUUCAGAGGCGUGUUCCGUCAUGGACGCGCUUGGUGAACAUGCAAGGACUAGGCUGAUGACUUGGUACUGCAAUUUCCAGCUGCGUGAAUAUCGGCAAGUCUUUCGGAAUAAUGAAGAGGCGGGGUCUUUGGACAACAUUUCGCGAAGGUAUUCGUGGUUCCGACGGAUUCUGCGAAUUUACGACGAAGAGUACGGCCCCAUAUUCCCCGCGACUUGGAGAGUGGAUGAGAUACUGGCAAACGCAUUCUGCGAGGGAACGAGGGAUGACUUUAAAGGAAUACUCUCCCGGUCGGUGCGAAACGGUCAAACAAUUGAUGUCAAUUUGUUGCUCUCCUGUUUACAGGAAACACUUGACUUUGAGCAUUCCCUCGAGCGACGCUUCGCAAUCCCAUCUCGACCUUCGACUGAUACAUUUGCCUCAGCGGAAACGCCUGUAUUUGGCCAAGCUAUUUCUGAAGCGUUUGAGCCUUACUUGAGUGUAUGGGUAAAUGCUCAGGACAAACAGCUGGCCACCCUGAUACCGAGAUACCGCCAGCAACCCGUUAAACCGCUAGGGGAAGAAUUUGACUCAAACAUAGUCAUUGCCUCCUCCAUGGAGCUUUUUACUUUCUAUAGACACGCCCUUCAGCAGUGCGCGAAGCUGUCCACAGGCGCAAGCCUCGCAGACCUGUCGAAAGUCUUUGCCAAAUAUCUUGACCAGUACGCUCAGCAGGUAUUGCUCUACUAUAUCAGCGACCAACCAACUUCUCACAACCCCCUGGGGUCACCCGGGGUGGAAGAGUAUAUUGCCGUGCUCAACACGACAGACUACUGCUACACCACGUGUAAUCAACUGGAGGAGAAGAUAAAAAGCCGCCUCGACAAGAAUUUAAAGCAAGGUGUUGACCUGCAAAGCCAAGCGGAUUCAUUUAUGGGAAUAGCAUCUGCUGCUGUCCGAGGCCUUGUGCGUAAAGUUGAGACUGAGCUGGAGCCUUGCUGGCGAGAGAUGCGCAACACGCCGUGGAAUAGGAUGGAGGGAGUUAGCGACCAGAGCUCCUACGUCGGGGAAUUGCUGUCGAAAACGAGCACCAAAUCGUCCGAUAUCUUGCCGUUGAUUCAUAAGCAACAAUAUGCAAGGGCUUUCGCGGACCACGUAGUGGAGUUGAUUGCGAAUAUUUUCCUCCAGAACGUCUUCCAAUGUAAGCCUGUUUCGGAGACAGGCGCAGAGCAGAUGCUCCUUGAUACGUACACCAUCAAAACAGGCCUAUCUUCACUUUUACCUGCUCCGCCCCCCGCCGGCUUCGUCAAGCGCGUGAACAAUAGUUUCGCAAAGAUCGAAACCUUGCUUAAAACCCUUCAAGUACAACCCUCACCACCUGAAGCCCUCGUUCAAGCCUACUUAAUCCACAUUGCGGAUCGAAACAAUACAAACUUCCGUAAGAUCCUUGACCUGAAGGGUAUUCGGAGCCGCCAGGAGCAAAACCAUCUGGUAGAACUCUUCCAGAUCCAUCGCACCUCAGACCGAUACGCCUCUAACAUCCAAGAAAGUAAUCCUGUACUGGGUGGGCUCCAAACAAACGCGGCUUCAUCGUCUACGUCCGUUUCACAGGGGUUAGGACUGGGCAACCUUGGCAGCGCCUCGGCGGCAUCGAGCGGUCGAUUUGAUGCCUCUCUGCUUGGGUCAGCAAUCAUCUCUGCGGCGAAGGAUGGUGUUGAUAGAUUAGGCACACCCAUGGGCUCAUCCACACCUACAAACGCCACCGCAUCCGGAGGCGGUAACUCGUUGUCUGCUUCAGGUACACCUGCUGUUACACCUGGACCUUCUGUACAAACCCAAAGUCAAACCGGCGACGUGGGGUCUAAUUUGAAUGAGAAUCUGAGGAAUCUUGGCAAAUUCUUCCGGAGAGACUUGGGCUUCGGAGGUCGGUUCGGCAGGGGUGGUGAUGAUGGGUGA